CGACUCGAUUCUAUCCCUAACGUGACACAUCCUUUGGUCUCGCCCCCAUUGAUAUUUAUAUCUCUGCCUCUUAUUUAUAAUUUCUUUCUUUUCGUUUUGUUUGUUUCGGUCCAACGGUGGCUAGUCGGGAACCAGCCAUAAAUUCCACGGCUACUACUUAACUAACUAGACUUCCCCCACUACGGCAUAGUGUCCACUGUGUUUUGACCGCUACUACUAUAUACCUCCCCGAUCCUUAAAUUUGUCACUUAAUUUCUCGGUCGUUUCAUCGCUGCUCCUAAUUCUCGAGAAUUGCCCCUUUUCAGGUUGUCUUCUUUGCUUCUUGCAAUUCACCGCUCGCUGUGAACAUCGUCAUUGUCAGUGACAAUGUCUACGACACCUCGGAAGCCUGGAACGCCAGGCAGUUCGACCAAAUCCUCCCCCGGAGAAAACCAUACGACGAAUGGGACUCCUUCGCGAAGCCACACUCGAUCCCCCAGUACAACAACAAAUGGCGUGUCUCGAUCCCCGUCACUUCGUGGUUCGGCUCCCGUGUCUGCGCGGGCUGCGGCUAGAAAACCUGGUCGUUCCAACCUCAGCACUUCGAGCGUGCCGAAAGUGAACCGCGAUCCCUCUGAAGAAGAAGCCCGCGCUCAAAAUGCUGCACUCAUUGAAGAGUUGAAGGAGCAGUUGCAGAAAGCCGAGACGGCUUCAGAGCAAUACCAGAAGCAGCUAGGCGUUCUGCAAAUGCGACUGGAUGAGGCCGUCAGCGAGCAAGGCAAACUGGAGGACCAGGUUCAUGAGAAGGAUAGCAAGAUCGAAGCUCUCAACGGUGAGAUCCGUGAUCAUGUCCGGCAGAUACGUGACCUGGAGCAGGAGCAUGAGUUGGAGCGGAAUGCCAUGCUGCAGGAGAAGGAACAGCAGGGGAGCCGCGAAGAAGAGAUGCAGGCCACUAUCCAGCGUCUUAAGGAUUCCCUGGCUCAGAAGGAGCGAAUUAAUUCUGAUGUAGAUAAGAAUGUUUCUCGUUCUUCCAGUUUCCGCAAUCGGUCGUCUCCAGACGUCGAUGGACAGUUUGCGCCUUCGUCCCAGAUUGAGCGGAGCCCGUCCCGGAAUAAUUCCAAGCUGCUAUUGCAGAAGGAUAAAUUGAUCGAGUCCCUCCGCCUUGAACUCGCCGAGUCCCAAAUCAAACUCGUGGAGAUGGAAAAUAAAGGUGGUGGCCGACAAAGGGAACUAGAGAAAGAACUUCUAGAGGCUCGUAUGGCCAACGCUCGUCUGAUGGAGGACAAUGAGAGCUACCAGUUACUCCUUAGUGAGAAAACACUGAAUGGUGAUUUCACCAAGGGCGACUUCAUGCGAGAAGCCCACCCCGAAGUUGAAGAGACUAAGGAGUCUGGCAGCGGUUUGGGUUCGCUGGCUGAUGAACUUGAGUCUGUAGACGCAAGAACGGAUAACGAUAGCACCCGCAAGCUCGAGGCAGAGGUCAAGGCACUGAAAGACCAGAACAAAGCCCUUACUCUCUAUAUCGAGCGCAUUAUCAGUCGUCUCCUUCAACAUGACGGGUUCGAGACCAUUCUGGACAAGAACGAGAAUGAUCCUCCGCCUACCGAUAAGUCCAGUAUUGACAAGGAACUUCCACCGACGCCCACCGACAAGGAGGACGCCCAGUCUUUCUUGCAGAGGGCUAGAUCGGUCGUGGCAGGCCCGACCCAGCGGCCUCAACGGUCACGUCCCUCAAGCAUGAUGCCGCCCCCAACCAGCGCGGCUUCUGUCCCUUCGACGCCCCACGAGAACCCGGAAACUGCUCCUAGCAUUCCCAUGAAUCGUGUACAGGCAAGAGGCCACCGCAGAACAAGAUCUGAACAGACAGAUGUUGCUGUUGCUACUGUGGUCGGUCAGAUGUAUCGCGGACGGAACUCUGGGGGUCCAAUGAGCCCCACACUCAUGGGACCUGGAAGCCGUACAAGUGCCUUGUCUGGAGCAAGCUAUAUGUCCGGCGUGAGCGGCAGUAAUCGCGCCCCAUCGCUAUCUAGCCAGCCCGACCGCAGCCAAUUAAGCAGCUCAAACAGCGUCACGAGCGAUCCUCUUGGUGAUACGGCUUCUACGGGUGCCACAUCGAGCUCUCCUCGUUCUAGCUCGGGGAUGAACAAUUACACCGGAGCGGUUAUGACCCAGAGCAAGUUGCGCCCCCUGCGGCUAGUCAGUGAAACUAAGGCAGCAGAUGAGGAAGAAGCCCGGAAGAAGGCCAACCGUGCCAGCUGGAUUCCUUGGUUCAACCGGCCCAAUACGGGUGAUUCCGCAUAAACGGCCUGAUCAUAUUCUACUGACAAAUGGUUCUUUUUUAUUUUCUCAAAUUACUUCUUUUUUUUUUUCUUGUUUUCUUUUGCUUGGCGUUUACCCAUACAAGGCCUUAUUUACUCCUAUUGUACUGGCCUCCCUGGUCGUUUCUAACCCUCAGAAUGUCGUCAUGUUUCGAUCUCUUGCUACCUUAUUGACCUUAUGAUGGCGACGAACUUGUUAUUGGAUAACCUGCUAUAUAUGGUUCUUUGACAUUUCAUGGCCACACCAUUUGGAAAUUUUUGUCAUGUUACCCAUGUUGAUGCUUGGACGCUCGUUGAAACUUUCUACUGUUGGAUAUUUGCUGAGGAUUGAUUGUGACGAUAUUCCGGCCUUGCUCAUGUCUCCCUCUCCUUGAUGAACAUAUGAUUUUUGCGCUCUGUUGAUAGAGUGAUAAUCUUUUUGUGAAACUACACUGUCUCCGACGGUGCUGUUAUUGUCCAGAUUAUGGACACGUGUAUACCAAUUAAAUAGGCACAAUGUCUCAAUUCUA